AGCAGUGACACUCAUUUGAAGAUGUGUGCCGUGCCUCUUUUUGACGACCAAGCCUACUUCCUGGUGGACGGACAGCGCCUCAGUGUAGCUGUAGUGGGCAGGCAGGACCGCUGAAAGUGAGGGUGGAGGCUGUUUGAUGGUCUGCAGUCAGGUUAAUGCCCCACUUUUUUUUUAGUGUUUGGUUCUUUUUGAAGAAAACAGCAUGGGAAGCACGGUGACGGAGUCGGGCAAAGAGAGCUCAAAGAAAAUGCCAAAGAAGAGGAGAAGUCUGCGGAUUAACAUGCCAGUGAGUCGGUGAAGUGUCAACUAAUUUGGCUUCUUACUGUGACAGCUAGAAAAAACAGCGCAUGUCGGUGAACUUUGCGUGAAAUCUGGGCCUGAACUUUUAACCGUUUUGAUGCUUUUGCGCACGCGACGUAAAGCAGUGCAUGAUUGACAGCUGUCUGGGUCACGACUUUUCAGCUGUUCGACUUUAGGCGAUAUGACAUUUUAGAGUCAGGCUUUCGUUUAUUAAGUAGCUGCAAGUUUGCAUUGCUUAAAAAUCUGGUUUGGCACUUUCAUUCUCAUCAGUGUUGCGUCAAUAAUCCUUUAAAUAGGUCGUCACUGUCGACAACACCCUGCAAAUAAUGUCAAUGGAUGGCACUGGGAUGGGACUGCUUCAUAAACAGAUUCAUAUAUUGAUUUAGGAGCUUUUGGUCUAUCAAAAUAGACUUUAAGAAAAGCUUAAACAGUGCUAAAAAUGACGGUUACAGUCCACAAUGUUGGUAAAUCAAUGUAAAAAAAGGUCAAUAGAAAUGCAGCAAAAAUAGACAUUAUUCAUUGUUAGAUAACUGGGACAAUGUUGCAAUGCUGUUUAUUAAUUGGUUUGUGUGAGUGUUGAUUUACUAUCAAGAAAUUAGGAAAUCAAAUUAAUCUGUUGACAGACUAUUGAGUAAAGCUCUUGAUUUUAGCACUUAACAAUUCUCUUUUAAUCUUUUUGGUCCCCUUACUAUUGGUCUGUGUAUGUUGUUUAUGUAUAUUAUGUGUAUGUUGUCAGUGCAUUGUUUUACUGUCUUAGUCAUGUUGUUUGUACUUUUAACAUUAUUGUUUUUAUGUUUAACAUCAACCUGCCAAUGGGACUGGGGAUGGAAAUUAGCCAUUUGGCUGUAACCCCACAUAUUUACAUGUCAAUGUUCAUCAAUAUAUACUGUUCCCAUUUUUAAAAAUAGAUAAAUAGAAAAUAGAAAUAAGAAGUUUGUGAUUUACAGGGUUUGUUGUUACACUUUCUUGAGGAGUCAACCGGAUCCAAACAAGCAAAUGGUGAUUGAUUACAGUGCUAAAAUGAUGAUGGAUGUCUCUAUCCAUCAGUAAUAGGAUUUACUGCCAGGUCAAGUAUUGAGUCUUAUUAAACCUUACCUUUCUUUUUUAUUUUUGAAAGCUCAAACAUCUCCUAGAUAAAGUGAGCACACUUGUGACACAGCUUAUUUGUUCAGAGUUGUGGUAUGGAUAACAGCCAUGUUACAGUAGCUCACAGACCUGUUUAUUUCUGAAUGGCCUUAUCCAGAUCAAGUGGAUUUUAAAAAGUCCUUAAGCUUCAAAAACAACAACAGAGUUUGGAUGUUUUGGUUUUCCACCUCGAUAUGAACGUCCUCAACCUCAACACUACCGCAAUAACAUUAAAGAUAUCAGAGGAGGUUUGCAUGUCUGUGUGACUAAACUGUCUGUCUGCAAAGUUUGUCUAGAGAGGAAUGUAAAACCCAACCCUUGUUGCUGAGAUAGUGUGUAGCGUAUGCUUGCAAAGGUUCAUGUGGCGGCGAAACAUGUUUUUCUUCUUUUGAGCAAAAUGCUUUAAGGUCAAACUAGUGCAUUAAAAACGGUAAUGUUGAUUUUGUGUCCAAGCUGGCUCAAGCAGCAUGGAUGUGGUGGCUUAAAAGGCUUUCAUGGUACCUGUAAUGACAUGCUGGUUUGUUUGUUUGUUUGUUUUUGUUUUAUCCUUGACACUCAGAUAUCCUUUGUGUGCAGGACUUUGGUGCAUUUACUUCCCCUCAAGUGGAGACGAGUGGCUCGACCAAAAGUGGUCCUCAGAUGGUACGGAAAUUGUUUCCAUGCGAUAAAUAUUUGUGUCAGUAUUUGCCAGUUGUUUGUUUUCUCAAGCUGUUUUUUAUUCCCCGCUGCAUGAUUUAUCUUGUCUCUUUGGCUCUUCUUUGCUUGGCUUCGAACACAUUUUUGCGCAAAUUUUUGUAAGCAAGAUAUUACACAAGGCUGUCUCGUUUAUUCUGCCAACCUUUUAGUAGCCCACAGUAACAUUACACCCACUGUGUCCAGGCAUAGCUGGAGCUUAUACAGAAAAUAGAUAUUUUUUUCCCUAAAAGAAAGAACCCUCUUUCUCCUAUCUGCUUAAAUCCAUUGAUUAGUAUAUUCUCCACUAAAUCUCAGUAAUAUUCUGCUCUGUUAUUAAAAAACCUGCAUGCUCUUGUGUUCCUAUAGAGCUGAUUUAUUUCCUGUUAGCUUGCCUUGACAAGCUCUUGCUCAAUGACAGUGAGUUGUUGCCAAACAGAAAAAAAUGGGUGUGUGCUCUAGCUGCUUCAGAUUUGUAACAGGAUUGGUUCAAACAAAAAAUGUGUGUACGUAGUAGAGCCAGCCCUAAACAAACACCAUGGUCAACCUUUGUUAAGGAAUCUAGACCAUACAAUCCUGCUAUCUUUGGUGUGAUUUGACACAUCGUUGUAUUUCCUUUCCCAUAGAGCAGCGGUGAUUCUUUGGGCACUAAAUGUCCUCAUGCAGGGGCAACAGUUCUGACAGUAAUGUUACCAAAACACUCCUGUUACAUUUUAUUGUUUCCUGUAAAUACAACGUCCGAGUUGGAGGUCUUUGCAUGCUAUGGUGCUUCACUCAGUCAGAGCCCACAAAUAGUUAAACAUUUUGUUGUUGGCACAUCCAGAGCAGGCAGCAGGCAGUGGUGGGAGGAGGCUCUGUCUCCAGCUAGACUGACUGCAGUCUCUCUGUUUUGUUUUGGUGUCUGCACAGCGAAAAGUGAAGGAUUUCUUUGUCUGUUUUCAUAAUACUGACCUUGCAAAGACAGACUGAUAAACACAGAGAAGCAAAAUGAUAAAUAUUUUCACCUGUGUUUUUACCAAGAGAAGGACUGGUCGUCCGGUUGUGGGCUUGAUGGUGCUGUUACUGGCUUGUGCCAAGGGUGAGGCUGUUUAAGAUGAUGCCCUUUGAACGUACUGCGUAGCAUCAGACUGUCACCCAUAAAGGGGAAGUGGAGCAUUAUCCAAUUUGCACACCAUUUCAUAAAUCAGUCUUCCGAAGAGUAGUUAUCGAUUAUGAAUUGCUGAGUCUUAAAAUAAGUGAAAAGGAGCCCUAAGGUUAAAAAGUGCAGAGACCAAUAAAGUUUGAUUUUCUGUAACUUUUAUUGCCUUGCUUUGUUUAACAGCCAGAUAAUGAGGGGACAUUUGAGUUAUUGCACUUUGCACAUGAUCCUCUAAUCCUUUUUACGACAAUGCUGUUCAGAGUUACAACAUGGCCGAGUAAACAAAACAGCGUUUCACAUGUGAAAGAAGCAGAAGUAACACUAUAGUUGUCGCAACAGAGGCUGUGAUAUUUUAAUACAUGUCCACAUGUCUUGCUUUAGUUUGGCCGUUUAUUUAGAUCUCAUGAUGUGCAGUUUUCCACAGCACUGCACACAUUAAGUCGUGUAAUAAUGGUUGAAUGAACACAACUGUUAGCUGUUCUCUGAUGUUAGCUCGUAGGUUAGCAAAUGUGUUGUUUUCCUUUGAGAUAUGGCCACCAUAUUUUGACUUUCAUUUGUGUUUUAUUGCUUAUUUAUUGACCCAAGAUAUAGUAUAGUGAUGAUAACAUUUGUCAGAAAACUUUAUUUAUUUGUAUUUAUUUAUUUUUAUUUGUAUUUAUUUUAUUUUUAUUUAUUAUUUCAUUUUUAUUUAUUUAUUUAUUUUUAAUUUUAUUUUUAUUUUGUUAAUUUAUCUAUUUAUUUAUUUAUUUUUUAUUUUUUUAUUUUAUUUUUAAUUUAAUUAAUUUUUAUUUUAUUUAUUUAUUUAUCUAUUUAUUUAUUAAUUACAGCAUUUGAGCAUCCCCUCCCCUUUCAUUGUGAUAUUAGUGAGAAACUGCUGCUGUUUGAAUGUGGUGAACAGCUUUGCAACCCCUCGUUUUUCAUUUCACAGUAGUAGUGCACAUAUAUUAACAAAGUGUGGGUAAAAAAAACAAUCUUGUUAUUCUUCUUUAGGGGGAGCGUUGCAUCCGUUCAGCGAGUCCCAUCAAAUCAGAGUCUGGAAGGAGCCCGGACCUCCUUCCACCAUGUCCUCAGUCUGCUCCAGUGCAAACAAAGACCAGCUCAGGCUCACCCAAAAGUAUCUUCCCCUAUCCAUCCCACCAAAACUCUCCACCGAAGUCCCCCCGCCGCCUGAGCUUCAGUGGUAUCUUUCGCUCUUCAUCCAACUCCUCUGGUGGAAGCAUCAAAAUCUUCUCCAGAAAUAAAAGAGGUAAGCAGCCGCUGCACCAACUCUUUCAUGACGGAAACAGUCGACUGUAUUUAAGCAUAGAGAUUUGCAUAAGUGUGACGUCUGAUAAAAACAAAGAUACUCUGUAUAUAUGCAAGAGCAUAUUCAGGAGGACAGCCACAAUGAAGGCAGUAUGGCACAAUAAAGGAAACUAUGUUAUCACACAGACUAUUUCCUGAAAUGUGAGAUAAAACCACAUGCAGGAACUUAUAUCUCAUUGCGUUCAUCAGUUCAGAUAUUUUGCAACUUGUGAUGGAACCAAAAUACAAACUUGUAGCACAGCAUUUUCUUUGUUGCUCACACUGAGCAUUGUUGUCAAAAAGGAAGUCGACGUCUGGAUUUCCUCAUCAUUUGAACAGGAAAGUCCACUACUUCUUUUGUGAUUCCCUAAUGGGGGACAACAUCGUCAUGAGCCCUGUCAGACAAAUUGGGUUCAGUAGAUUGCAGAUGGGUGCUCCUUCAUCAUCAGUUGUCUAGGAAAAGGAAAUGUUCUGCCUUGUUUAAAGUCUGGAUCAAAGAGGGGUUUUUGUCUUUCCUCUAUUUCCUAGUGUUGAGUUUCACAUUUUAAAGACAUUUCUUAGAUUAAGUUGCAAGUUUGGCAUCCUGCAAGCCGUACAUCACUUUUCAUGUUGAAAUAAAAAGUCAUUAAAGUCAUGAUGGUAAUACUGGUAUGCACAAAUAAAUGAAACUAUAACAAGGACUUACUUUGUGCAGAACUAGACCUGGACAGAUUUUCAGCUUUCAUGUCUUCAUGUACUCAGAUGGCUGAUUGUUACAUAACAAAGAAGCAGCUUGUUUUACACGGAAACAGCUCUGCUGGAAGCAGUAUCAAACAGCCCCAAGAUGACUCAUAUGUUGUUGGCUCUUUUAUACACCCAUUCUUCUGUUUUCCAUGCAGAGGGUCAGUCUGGCAGCGGCUGGUGGAACAGCUCUGCCAGGGCCAGACCUCAAGAGUCAGCCUCGGAGUCUGUUUCCUCUGGAGCUUGUUUUUGAUGGUAACCAAAGUAAAACAUACCAAAACACACCGACUGCUGCAGGCCUCUCGCUCCAGCUGCCGAGGAUUUCUAAAACCUCAUGUGGUUGAGACAUUACCACCUCUCUCGGCUUGUUUUCAGACUAAUGAUGUGGCUUUAAAUGAACGGAGGCCAAUGAUAAUAGCAACAAAGUAUGUCUGAAAAAAUCAUACUAUGACAGAUUGACCAUGAGUGGAUGUUUUUGUAGGCACCUUACUUUCACCACAAGAGUGUGCUAAUGUCAUGGUCUUGUCCUGCUUUAGUUACCAAACUAGGGCAGAUAAUAACCUUUAAUUUUAUGACCUCAGUAUUUAUUUUAUCCCUUUUUUAAAUUAAAUAUUCAAAUCGACAAAGACUGAUUUUGAAUGAUCAUAUUUUUAAUCAUUUGGAUAAAUGUCAUAAAGCCACUUUGUACUCCAUCCAUCAAAUAUGAUCAGUAUGUCGCCUGCUCAUUGUCAGUCUCUCACUGCUGAAGGCUCCUGCAGCACUUUCAUACCCUUAUCUGGAAGUGACCAGACGCUCAGGAGCGCCUCGUACAAUCAUGCAGAGAUCCCCCCCCACCCCACACACCCCCGUUCUCACUGUUGCCACUGUGUGCUGUAUGUUUUCAGUAAAUAAAGGAACCAGGCAGAUACAGCUUUCCAAAUUCAUAAAAUACAGCCUUACAAGGGCAGACUGAAUUUUACUUUGAAGGGAGAAGCUUAGCUGGGAAAGAGCUUAGGAUAAUGUACCUCAGACACCGAGAUGUGCUUCAAAAUCCUCGUGGAUCUGUAACCUAGCAACCCGAAACACAAAAUAAGUGGAUUUAUUUUAUCAGGAUAAUAAAAACUUUAUCAGAGCGGACAUGAAAGCAUAUUUGAGGUAACACUUUCACCAUUGAUAUUUCACCUCCUCACACAUAUUCCAUUGAUCCGCUGAACAGAGUGGAACAGUUGCAUAACAUGUUAAUUGAGAUCUGUGCACGACACUCUGUGGCUAAUGUGAGCAGCAAAUACUGAGUUGGCCAUCUGUUAAGGGAAGGAGAGGCUGCUGGUGUUGAAUGGAGGCUUUUUGAUCAGCUGACUGAACAUGGGAUGUCCCCCUGCUGUCAUCUGACGGGGGGCUGGCCUCAGCAGUCUUAAAUGUCAGGCCCCUGAAGCUUACUGACAACCAACUGUACAAAUGACACGGCUCUAGCUGCAGGACACCCAGCUAAAAAGAAAAAAACACAAUCUCAUCAUUUGUAAUGCUUUGUUUGAGUCAAAAUGUAGAAGUUACAUCUCUGUAAAUACUGAUAUUUGUGAUUCUGAUUAUGUGAAGACAGAGUGUGACAGAUGUGCCUCUGCUGACUCUUGCUGUGUGAGGGACGGCAGCUCAAGGAGGCGGGACAACAUGCAACCUCAGCCAAUCCCUGGUCCUACCCUAGUAAACUGGCCUCCUUUUACAGGCUGCUGACAUGCUUGCUAUAUUAAAGAGACGCCACCCACAGCUGCACCUGACAAUUUACAGCCCUGACACGGCAUAGAGGGGGCUCUGGCAUCAGUUGUUACUUGCAUCACUUGUGUGAGGGACAAUUCUCGGCUGAAGCUGAAGUGGAAUUUACAGCUUUCAUACUCUUUAUUAGUUGAAUGAGCCGACACAGAUACUGUACACUGACUCCUGCUGACUGUAUGAGCUGUCGCGCUCGGGGCUUUUUUCCCCUGGAGUACAAGCUUAGCCUUGCUGCAGUUUCUUUCAACUAUUGCUGCUGGGGGUCCAGGGUAGAAGUGGAAUGCUCAACUUCAGUAAAUAACCCAAGCUAAGUUUGUCCUCUGGACUUUUGGCAUAUAUUAUUCACUUGAACUAAAGGUAACCAGUUUUUUUCUUGAGCUAAAAAGACCACCUCUCUCCUAAGAAUGGACUAAACAGCUGCAAACACUCGUCACUUUAUAGAUCUGUGAACCAAUCAGCUGGAUAUACUUCUCAACUUCAUUUCCGUACAACUCUCUACAUCAAACAAAUGGAGUAAUUUUCACUUAUGGAGAGUUUGAGCCAUCUCUGAGUCUUUUAAUGUAAUGUGGAUGGUCAUGGUCAGAUUUAACUUUGAACCCACAACCCACUGCGUUUCAUGAAGAGGUUUGGCAGCCUGAGAAGGAGCAAGAAACGGAAGGAGCAAGAUGGGCUAGGAGGGAGACACCAUUCUGAGGUGUCAUGUCUGUCCGGUAAUGUCCUAUCCUCUUCGCCUGAAACAUUACUCCUUUGCCCCGCAGUGUCCCCGCAAACAUAUUUAUGAAGAUUUUUAAAGUCAGGAAAUAUCUAAACUUUCUACUACACAAGUUUAAGGAUUUCAUAUUUAAAAACUGUGAGAGUAAUCAUGCUUAAGUUAUGUAAUAUAAAUGCUAUUGGUUGUGGCCUUAGAUGCUCCAUAAAGCAUUUGUGCCACUUACAUGGCCGUCUCUUGUUUCACGAAUGCAUGCAGUCCAUCUGCACACAGUGACCGGACGUGGACUAAAGUGGUAAAGCAAUGUGUAGGUGCUGACCUAGGUUAAGAGGUUAGCUAUUUCUCUGCAGCCUUCAAAGACAUGUAGCUGUUUUACUGAGCAUACUGUGAAUUUUUCAAUCAUAAAAAAAUGUUUAUUUACAACCAAUAGAAUCUGUCAGUAAUCUUGAUAACGCAGUAGUGAAUAACAUGAAACAGCAUAUCUGAUUUUGUAAUUUUGUAAGCCUUUAGUGUCACCGAAGGCUAUUUAUUCCUGACCCAUAUCCAUAGGGAGUCUUUAAAUAGUAGCUGCUCCAUUCGGAAAACUUUAUUUAAACUGACUGGAAGAAUAUCGGGUACGAUCAGAUCAUGCGGAGUUUAAUUAGUAUAAUACUUUUCUUGUGUUGUACACUUUCCAGAUUCAGAAAGUGAAGACCAGCAGGCAGACCUAAUACAGUUAAUGUAAAGUGUUCACUCAGAGAGCUUGAUGAGUGAGCUCUGGGGCUCACAGUGUUGCGUUAAAGCGCCACUUUAAUCAUAGACAUCACAGCUCUUGAUUUAAAGCUCUGGCCUGACAUCAGUGAAGUGUAUUAGAAAAGUAGAGCCUUGUUUGGAUGUUGAAUGACUAUAUGUGGCUGUAUAUAGUGGUUGGUCUGUCGAAAAAGGUGUAUGUGGGAAAUAUUCAGAAGCUGCCAAUUAGAGAGCAUCUGUGUGGUUUCCAUUGAGUCAGUUUGAGUAAUGACUGCUCGAUAAAAUGUCGUCCCCAUGAUGCGGUUUGCACACCUAGGCAAAUCAGUGACUGAUUGUGAUGCUGAGUAAUCAAGUCAUUUUUACCAGUGAGGCAGUGUUGUGGUCGACUUAAAGAGUUUUGGUAGUUGACGAGUGACAUGAAAACCUUUACGUUGGGAUCUAUUUGGCAGUUUAGCUUUAGCACAACAACUACAGACUGUGAAAAGAAAAAGACAUGGAAGAUAUGAUGUCACCCAUUUGAUAAUCGAGGAUCAUCUUGGAGACUUAACUUUAAGCAUGUUUGCUGUUGCCUAUUUUUAAAGAUGACAACAUUUUGACAUAUGAAGAGAGCAGAAUUCACCUGCUUGCUUUAUGCCUCAUGUCUCAGCUUUAUUUUACAUGACAAAAGCUUUAAUAUGACAUGAAUGCAAAAGCAUGUAUCCAUGAGCAGAAAUAGGUGCAAAAUUAGGUACUUACUUCCUGGCUUAGAGAUGCAAUACAAAAUACAAAAAUACUGUAGAGCAUCUCAGAAACACUGUGGCAAAAUGUAGAUGUUUAAAACUGAAUAUACUGUGUUGAAACAAAACUUUAAAUUAGUUAAAACUGAUUUCAAUAUGCACAAUUAUUGAGUAUGUAUGUGGAAAUAUACGAAGGGUAUUCAAGCGACCUCAAUUACACAUCAGCAGAAAUGUGAAAAAUACAGCUUAAAUAGGAAACAGUGUAAACAGAUACAGAGACUGAAUGGGGUUUUGUUUAAAGCAUUCAAAACCAGCACAUUCUACUAGACCAUAAAUAUAUAUAUCAUUUUUGGAAUAUGAUUUGAUAAGUCUAAGGACAUCAAUUUUUCAGUACAAGGAACUGCAGAUUUCGCCACUCUAGAGUUGGCUUGAUUUUUCAGCCUUGCAGGUUGCUGCUUGGCCUUCGCACAGAUUCAGUAUUCCCAGAAGUGAUUAUUUAUGUAGCAAAGCUUGCCAGAGAAGGAUGUAGCAGUGCAGCCGUUGGGCCCCCCUACUGUUUUAACUUCAACCUAAGAGGCUCAGGUUGCUCUCAGAGACACUGUAGCUCCACUCAACUGAGAUCACCCUGACGUCUCAUCAGGAGGCGCCCAGACUGGGAGGAUCUGCUUUUAUGGGUGUUAUGUUAACACAGCAUGAAGUAGAGUGUAAAACAACAGUUCGGUAGUCGUUGUUUUUUUUUUCUUUUUUUUUUUUUUUUUUUUUUUUUGUACUGAUAUGCACACAUUUGUAUUUUUUUUUUCAAUCCAAUCCAGUCCACUUUAUUUAUAUAGCACAAUUUAGAAAACAUUUAAGUUUACCAAAGUGCUGCACAAUAAAAUUAAAAGAACAAACACAGCAGAAAACAUCAAGAUGAAAUAAAUAAAUGAAAGCAGGUAAAAAAAAAAAAACAUUUAAAAUGAGAUAAAAUAAAUUAAAUACAAACACAGAAGCUAAGCUGAGCCAGACACCUCCUGACUUUGUCUUUGUUUAAUGCCGUAAAGUCAUCUGAAUCAUCUAUGAUUCUUUUUUUUUUAGUUGACUUAUUGAUCAAUAAAUGAUCUUUCUACUAACAAACUCAACAAGGGCUGUUUUAAAAUAUAAAUCUGCUCCUUGAAGAAAAAGACAACACUUAGCCAUGUGUUGAAAGUCAUUGUAAAAAUAUUAAGCCACAUUCCCCUAUACACAACUAUACACAAGUUUUCAUUGCGUUACUGGUUAAAACACCAGCUCACAAAGGUUUUGAGAGAGCACGACAUGACAUUGUUGCCAUUAUUAACCAGAUUCUGCUACUUUUGUCCACCAUGCUAGUGCAUGCAGGUAGGCAGACAGGCAGGUAUGCUAUUCAUAGGAAGUUAAGUCUUUUAAAGGUAUAUUAUUAUCCAUUAUUAUGCUUUUUGGGAAGAGGUCUGGUUUACUUCAUUUUGUCCAUACACCCUUAAAUAUUCUGUUACUAUCACGUACUGCAAAAGGAGCUCUAACUUGUUGUAUUUCAUGGCUUUAAUAAAACAAAAAAAUCAAAAUAUAAUGUAAUAUAUUCUCAUGUGUAUAUUAACAUAUCAAAACAAAAGAAGGUUCAUUUUCCAAGUAGGUCAUCCUUUAAUUCGAAUAAGCAUUUCAUCACUUUUUUAAAUAGUUCCAUCAUGUAUGAAACUGUGCCAAAUCAGAUGGACUGAACUUGGUAAAGCCGGCCUUAAUUUCCUGUGUCUUGGUUGGUGUGUCGCUGCCCUGCAUUAAACUGGGCUGAGGAGAGGGCUCCAGGCCCUGCUGUUAUCUCCUCCUGUGGAAUGUGCCACAACAGCGUGGCUAAAAUAAGAAGGCCACACAGCGGAAGCAGGCUGUGCCAAAAGUGGGCCGGUGCAUGCCAACUAAAUGUCAAGAGAUAGUGAGGCGCACACUCAGACACACCAAGGAAAGAGCUCACUUGACACACACAUUUCUAUUUAUGAGAAACACCUGAAAAUUGAUCAUAAUAUGGAUUGUUCUGUUCUGGUUCUGAUUUGAUUUUAUUUGCUGAAAUUGAUUCUUUUGUGACAUACACUUUGCUCUUGUCAUUCUGUCAGCCUUUGACAUUUGGAUUUGUGAUAAAAGUCACCUAGAAGUCUCAUGGUGAGCAGUUUGGUCCAAAUCAUUCGUGUAAUUUAUUGUCUGGCCUCAGAAGUAUGUCAGCUGGGCGGAGAGGGACUAAAUGAGUGUCCCAUGUCACUGUGCGUAAGAUUGUUAUGUGUGAUGCGACGGAGCAUGUGAGGAGCUGCGUCACAGUCAGCUGACUGUUACACUCAGGUUGUGUUUCAGCUGCCUGUGUUGUGAUAAGCCUGGUUUGUGUAGAGACGAGGUCAGGAAUUCAUAUUCGGAUUCAUACAACAUGCUACUUGAAUUUGGAUAACUCAAGGGAUCUUUCUUAACACGCUGAUGCAGAUAGAAACAGUGGUGCAUUUAUUUUUGUGUUUUUAAUAAUAUACAGAUGAAACAGUUGAAGCAUUGAGCAUUGAAAUUAGUUUUAUUUCAUUUUGAUUUACGGCUAUUUACCGUUUAUAUAGCAACUACUUGUUUUUGUACGGACACGCGGCCUGUUUGUUACACUGAAAAUUUAAUCAGGUUCAACGCACAGAGGUGAAACAGGAGCUCUCACUGUUCAGCUUGAGCUCACACAUGAUUGAAGCGAUCACUCGCCUAGCCAGAGAGGGUUUCCACUUUAAAGUGCAGUAAAAGAUGUUCAAAGGAAAGUGAGUUAAAAGGAGCGCAACUUGAGGGGGCACAUUGAACGGAUUAGACAAAAUUAAAGACUCUCCACACCCACACGAGUGUUUUCACUUCAGGCUAAUUGGACUUGAAGUUAAGCUAUUAGCCAUAUUAGCACAGCAUUCAAUGUGAGAAGAGCUGACUGACACCUUUAUGAGAUACAAAUCCAAAACGAUUUGUUGUGCUGAUGCAGCUGAGGUUAAAGCAGAGACGACCUGGCUGGUACAGGAGCAGAACUUAAUGUUACACCCUUUUUGCUACAGGCACAUACCUGACCCAUAAAAUGCUGAAGAUCCUUCAGUUAGGUACAGAUCAGUUUCUUGAGUUAAUUUGAAACAGAUGCUUAAGGCUAUGGCGAAGUUCAAUGAGUCUUGUGUUAGUGUUAUUCCAUGUUUUUCUCCUCUGUUCCCCCUUUACCCUGCUAAUCUGGUAAAAGAAUAUUUGGACACAAAUCAAUCACAACAAAUCUUAUAAGCCUCAAUAAUUUAUCAAUAUGAUUUUCAUGUCCCUGCUUAUAAUCAGAGACUUGCAAGUCAACAUUUAGUGAAACACUGGAGAGUAAUCGGGCCUCAUGUUAAGUCGAAACAACUUGAUCUGUUGUUGUGAGGUAGAGUAAGAUAGAACAGGACUUGAGGAAGGUUGUGGGGAUGUAUGCUCAUGAUCUGUGCAAUACUGCCCACCCAGCAAAAAGUGGUUGAAAAGACGUCUUAACCAUACAUCUACUAACCGUCUAAAUAGAGCCCAGUUUUCAGCGUCUUUUUUUGAGCUAAAUUACGGCCUUGACAGGCUGACGUGAUUUAGCCUGAUGACGUCUAAAUGACGUUGGGUGUUUAGUGGGUGUGGACCUAAAUUUGUCAUUUCAUGGUUCAAUAUUGAGUGGUCAGAUUUACAACUCUCCUGUUGAUGAAGUGAUGAUGACCUUUGAGAACAAGAAGCUCUUGUGAAGCAUGAUCAGUAGGACCCUCUAUAUCUGUCAGAUUUAAACCAUCAAAAACUUUUAUCAGCACAAAUUAUUUUGCUUUAAACGACCACCCACCUCUUGUCUUCUCCAAAUCGUGUGUUUUGCUCGGCCUCUUAUUAAACACAUUUGACUCUAGUUUCUUUGUUCUGUGAUGCAGUAGAAACAUGGCGUUGCCAGAUCGAGGCAUGACACAUGACAAGAAUAUUCCUUUUCUAGCAGGUCUGUCAUAUUCAAUGCUUUUAAUUGCUUUUUAAUUUUGUUUAACAUGAUUAUGGUCCACUUUUUGUUUAAUUUGAGAGUAUUUUUUCCAGCAAUAAGAUAUUGAAAUUGCUCUUUUGUGGCUCUAACAGCUUCCACAUGCUACUAGCUGUAACCAAUGUUUAUAAGUUGUUUAUGUAUCACAGAGUCAUAUAACUUUCUUUGUUUAGUUGUUUUACCUCGUUCAUCUCUGCAGGUCAGCAGAUGCUGACACUUAAUCUACACUGUCUAAGUUUCUUCUUAGUACCCAUGUCUCUCUCAGUCCCUGUUGGAUCAGAUAUACAUUCCUUCUCUGUUAUAGCAUGUGACGUUAUUGAUGCCAUCUGCAGGAGUCACGAUUGAUGCAUCUGAGACUUGCCGACUAAGCCUAUCAGCAGCGUCAAUCCGCACUGCGUAUCAGUGCGAUCAAUAAAGAUUGACUUUGAGAGAAACAAGAGAUAAGUUCAGGUAUCUAUAGUGAAGCAUUUUUUUUUAUCUCUUCACAGCCUCAGGACUCUUCACCCCACCCACCACCCCAACUCAGUCAUCCAGUCAGCCUGUGUUCACCCAGGAGUCAGCAUCCAUCAGGCCCAGCGUCGAACGCCAGGAGCCCAGCUCUCGAUCCCGGUCACUCUCCACACCUCCAGACACAGGACAGCGGCUCAGCCUCCCCUCUGCUAAACCCCCGAUCCCUUCAUCGAGCCCUGUGCCAUCUUACUCUACCUCACAACAAGUGAGUCCUACUGUAAAAAUAUUCAUUAUUGGAAGCAAAAAAACAAGAUUUAAGCAGGUGAAAAGUUAUGCCUUCAGGGAGUCAGUUACAUUUUUUGUUUUAUUGGAUAAGAAAUACCACAUUGCCGGUCUAAAAAGGUUCAAAGAGUCCCUCAACAGUCACUGUUUGUUCACAGGUAGGCGCUGAAUUGGGGCUUUUGGGAAACACGCAUAGAAAUUCUGAAAAUAUGUCAAAUAUUUGAUGCUUUCCCUCAGGAUAGAUUAUGUACAUUUGUGGAAGAAAAGCUAAAUGUUGUACACAAACUGACACUGGGUUACCUCAUAUUUCCUGGAAAUAAACACAGGAAUCACAUGGUGUUUAAAAAAAUAGUGGCACAUUUAUGCCUUCAGUCCAUGAGUCAUGUGUUUCUUUCCACAGUGUCACAAGCAUCUACUUUGCCUAAAGUAAACUGAAUGCAAGGAUGAAGCUAAUCUCUCAUAUUGAAGCUGUAAUACCCAAUCAUGCUGUGUGUCAACCAGGCUGGUGGCCCUGAGCAGCAGUGGCAGAGCGGAGGGUUGAAUAUCCACCAGCAUUAGAAAUGAAAAGAAACAGCUGAGACAUGCUGCAGCGUUUUGCCCAAGAGGUUUUCAUUAUUGGUUUUAUUGAGGAAAUACUUCUUGGCAGAUUUAAUGAAUAAUUAUCUGAAGGGCUGUCUUGACCUGUCUACUGUGAGUGAUUGUGGAUUAUAACUAACGAGGGUUAAUCAAUAUUUCAUCACCAACUUCACCGCUGUUGAUAUUAACUCCCAAGGACUCGUGAUUGUGGUCGAGGAGGGAUGAAUCAGUGCCUGUCAGCGUCUCCCACCCACCCUCCAUCAUACAUGAGGGAGGUGCAAAAAUAACCAUCUGAUUCUGUAGUUCAUAUUUGACCCCAUCCAAUUACUGGGGCAAUUACAAAACCCAAUUUCAAUGAAGUUGGGAAGAUGUGUAAAUCGUGAAUAUAAAUGGAAUACAAUGAUUUGCAAAUCCUAUUCAACCUAUAUUCAAUAUACUACAAAAACAACAUAUUUAAUGUUCAAACUGAUAAACUUUAUUGUUUUUUUUGCAAAUAAACGUUAACUUUGAUGGCAGCAACACGUGACAAAGAAGUUGGGAAAGGUGGCAAAAAAUACUGAGAAAUUUGAGGAAUGCUCAUCAAACACCUAUUUGGAACAUCCCACAGGUGAGCAGGAUGAUUGGGAGCAGGUGGGUGCCAUGAUUCCCCCAAAAUUCUCAGUCAUUCACAAGCAAGGAUGGGGCGAGAUUCACCACUUUGUGAACAACUGCAUGAGCAAAUAGUCGAAUAGUUUAAGAAUGAUUCUUAAAGUGCAAUUGCAAGGAAUUCAGGGGUUUCAACAUCUAUGGUCCAUAAUAUCAUCAAAAGGUUCAGAGAAUCUGGAGAAAUCACUGCAUGUAAGUGGCAUGGCCAAAAACCAACAUUAAAUGCCCGUGACCUUUGAUUCCUCAGGCGGCACUGUAUCAAAAACUGACAUCAGUGUGUAAAGGGUAUCACUGCAUGGGCUCAGGAACACUUUAGAAAACCACUGUCAGUAAAUACAGUUCGUCACUACAUCUGUAAGUGCAAGUUAAAGCUCUACUAUGCAAAGCCAAAGCCAUUUAUCAACAACAUCCAGAAACGCAGUCGACUUCUCUGGGCCUGAGCUCAUCUAAGAUGGACUGAUGCAAAGUGGAAAAGUGUUCUGUGGUCUGACGAGUCCACAUUUCAAAUUGUUUUUGGAAAUAGUGGACGUGGCGCCAAAGGGCCAAAGAGGAAAAGAACCAUCCAGACUGUUAUCGACGUAAAGUUCAAAAGACAGCAUCUGUGAUGGUAUGGGGGUGCAUUAGUGCCCAAGGCAUGGGUAACUUACACAUCUGUGAAGGCAACAUUAAUGCAGGUUUUGGAGCAACAUAUGCUGCCAUCCAAGCAAUGUUUUAUUCAUGGACGCCCCUGCUUAUUUCAGCAAGACAAUGCCAAGCCACAUUCUGCACGUGUUACAACAGCGCGGCUUCGUAGUAAAAGAGUGCGGGUACUCGACUGGCCUGCCUGCAGUCCAGACCUGUCUCCCAUUGAAAAUGUGUGGCGCAUUAUGAAGCAUAAAAUACGACAAUGGAGACCCCGGACUGUUGAACAACUGAAGCUGUGCAUCAAGCAAGAAUAGGAAAGAAUUCCACCUUCAAAACUUCAACAAUUAGUCUCCUCAGUUCCCAAAGGUUUGAGUGUUGUUAAAGGGAAAGGUGAUGUAACACAGCAGUAAACAUGCCCCUGUCCCAACUACUUCGGCACGUGUUGCAGCCAUGAAAUUCUGAGUUAAUUAUUAUUUGCAAAAAAAAUAAAGUUUAUUAGUUUGAACAUUAAAUAUCUUUGUAGUGUAUUCAAUUGACGAUUUGCAAAUCAUUGUAUUCUGUUUUUAUUUACAUUUAUCACAAUUUCCCAACUUCAAUGGCAUUGGGUUUUGUACUUGAAUGGAUUGUGUUAUUAUAUGGCUUAAUCAUGUUAUCCUGCUUUUCUGGAGUUUGGUGUAACAUCGGAGCAGGCUGUAUGUGCACAAUAAUGCAGAGGAUGCAGGAAAAGAUUUAUGACAGUGCAGGAGGGUUUUCUGGCAGAAGAAGUGCUGUGUCACCAUCGCAGGGCGACACAGGAGACUGUUUAGCAUCACAGAGCAGGUAUGCAGGCUUCCUCGUACUGCUGCAGUGGCUGGUUGUGGAUAUGCUCGGAGAUUAGGGGACUGAGGGAGUAUCUUGAUGAAUGAGGAUGCAAAUAUCCAAGCAUGACACAGCACAUUUUAUGCUGGCCUAUGAGAAGUGCCAGUUGCAAAUGGAGGAAAAAAAAUGCAUCUCCUUAUGCUGCCUUAUCUUUAAGUUGCUUUUGCGGUGCAAGAAAAUAACUUGAAGAUGUGACAAGGGAUCCCCAGCUUCUUGCUGCUAAGCAACGUCAAGGGAUUUCCUAAUAUGGUGAAGCAAACAGGUUGCUCUGCAUGGAGGGGCGUGUCUGUCCGCGGAGCUCGUGGAGCUUCCUGAUUUUUCUCCACGGUUUUUCACGUGUGCGUCUACGCCAGCGGUGAGUGAGUGAGUGUGUGUGGUUCGUCAGUUUGUACCCGUAACAAUGAAUCCUGCUGCUUUUAUUGUGGCGGGGCCUCAUUAUCACCCGCCGACGUAGUGAGUGUUUACUGCAGCAAAUGGAUAAGGACUGUUCCACUGCGACUUUGAAGGGGUGUGUGUGUUUGUGUGUGUGUCGUCUAAUUAUAAAGAGGCGGUGGAUUUGUAGCGCAGGAGUGCAUCGUUUUAGUCACGUUAGAUGAGUAUUUUUAGCGGACAUGCCUGACUGAGCUUAAUGAAGCCGGUAAAAACGUCGGUGGCAGGCGAUGUCGCUCACUUUACGCGUUGUGGUGGUGGUGCACUCGGUGCGCUGACGGUCUGCCGGGCCGCUGGGAAAGUCUCCUCACCCUCCUGCUCCACCUCCUCCUCCUCCUCCUGCUCCUCCUGCUGCUGCUGCUCACUCACAAAUUACAGCAAAGUUUUGUCGCGCACUGCUUGUUCUUGCUGUUUGGAUUUGUUUCGUAUUUCCCGACAAACUUGUGCCUUUCACCCUCUCACAGGUCUACGGUUUAUUCGAAGGCAUGCUGGAAAAACUUGAACUAGAUGAUGAUGGUAAGUGUCCUGUUGCUCCUCUUAUAAACGCAUCUAGUAUCACAAUAUGAAGGUUACAUCAGGAUGUACUCAGCCUAAUAGUCAGAGUAAGCGACAAUAUUCAGAUUAAAGGUGUUUUUAAAGAGUUUUCGCAGUGCGCCGUAACAUUACGCAGCGUCUGCUUAGGAGACCCGGCCAUUCACAAGGUGUCAAAACGUGAAACAAACCCAUUCAUUUGUUCCUCGAUGACAUUUUAAAGAGAAUUUCACACUCAAGUGUUUGGUGAUGAUGGAAAAUGUUAUGAGAUGCUACAGAGACCACGUAUUUGUAUUAAAAAUGAUUAUUUUCAACAUGAUUAUAGUAAAGCUUUUAAGCAAUCUGUCAUACAAAUAAGACUACAACAAAAGAUGAAUUAAUCUGUUCAUGUAUAUAGUAUAUGUUUGCAUUUGCAAAGCUGGCAAAAGGUAAUGUUUGAUAAAUGAAAAUACACUAAUCAGCUGUUCUAUUUCACUUAAAUGUUGGAAAAACUAUUCAUAUAAUACUCAACUUGCAUGAUACAAGUAUAGCUACAACCAAAGAUGAAUUUUGAUUUCAAUUAAUCUGUUCAUAUAAAGAGGAAAUAUUUCAUUUAAAAGCUUGCAAAAGGUAAUUUUUGAUAAAUGAAAAUACACUAAUCAGCUGUUUUAUUUUACUUUUAUGUUGGAAAAACUAUUCAUGUAAAAAUCAACUUGCAUGAUCCUUGAACGCUCUGGAUUCCUUCAGUGCUUUCUCUUUGUUUCUGUUCUUGUUGGUGCUUAGAGCUUAAUUAUCAUCGUGAUGGAGCAGUAAAGUGGCUGUAAGUGGUUCAGACCUGUAAUGGUUGUUUAGGCUUGCGAUAGUGUGUUCCCAGCCUCUCAUUAUAUAUCCCCUGUGAGAUUUCUCCCUCCUCUAAAAGUAUUUCCCUGCACUUGUGUUCCCUACAGCUGCUGAACCUGAGAGUGAUAUUUACAUGCGCUUUAUGAAAUCCCACAAGUGCUACGACAUCGUCCCGACAAGUUCCAAGCUGGUUGUGUUCGACACAGCGCUCCAGGUCAGUGGGAGAGUCUUUCACCUGAUGUUGAACCUUUUUCAUGAUAUUAAACUCGCUUGCCCCAAGGACGAAAGACUUCAAGUCUAAGUUAAUGUUCAGUGAAAUGAGAAAGUGUAUUUGCCUUAGAACAGUUUGUAUGAGAUGGUUGGUGAAGUUGCCAUAAAGCUGUUAAACAAUAAUCCUGUGGAGCUCUGAGCUCUUUGAUGAGUAGAUCUUCAACCACUAAGUCCACUAAAACUGAGUUAAGAGUCCUUAUCUCAAAGACACAAACAUAACACCAGCAUCAGGUCUGCAGAAUGCCCUUCACAAAACCAACAUAUGUGUCUGUAACUCAGAGUUUUCACAUUAUUUUGUCGUCAAAAAGUCAUAAACACACGUGCUCAAAAAGUGUAAGUUAGGCCUUAGCCCCUCAAGAGACCUCCCAAGGAGAAAAACUGUUUGUAAUAGCGAGAAGGGUUUUAAAGUGGCUUGAGAGUUUCUCAAACAGAGGAAAAGAUGUUGGAAAGACAGUAAAUUAGAAGAAAUGAUCUCCAAACUCUGGAUGAUAGUGAGUUGAUUGAACUGAUCGCAACAGUAAUGCUGGAAAUGAAAGCGAUCUCAAUGUUAAGAUAUUUGAAAAAUGGAAAUGAGUCAUAGCCAGGAAAAGUUAGAUUAAGAGUGGUUUAAAAAUAGCCUGAUCCAUGAUUUGACCACCCAGACUAAUUUGACAUUGAAGAAAGUACGAUCUGUAUCUCAUCUACAUCAAUAUGAAUGAUCAGAACCACGAUCAAAAAGAUGUGAUAUAUUUGGUACCUGUUUUAUUUCCUAUCAGGUAAAAACGCAAAACACUCCAGAAAUAAUCUCUAAAAAAGGAUCAGAUUUGUCAUCGUUACUGUCACAUGGUGAUACACAACAUUACAAAUAGUCUUACUGGCUUAACUAAAUUUGACUUUUACUUCAAUUGUUGUUUGUCAGGUUAAGAAAGCGUUCUUUGCCUUGGUUGCCAACGGUGUGAGAGCUGCUCCACUAUGGGACACAGAGAAGCAAAGCUUUGUGGGUAAGAAUGGCGGAAAAACUUAAGGACCCCCUAUAUUUGCUCUGAUCACUUGUUUUUAAGAUAUCUGCUCACAGUGUGUACUUAGUCUGUGUUUCUCUGGUGGUCUCUCACUUCUGGGUCUGAUGUUUGAUGAUGUUAUAGCUUCAGGGGCAAACUCUCCGGGGCCUCUGGUGUUGCUAGAGGCAAAUUACACACUCCAAUUUCCAGUGAAGUUGGGAUAUUGUGUAAAACAUGUAUAUAAAAACAGAACACAAUUAUUUGCAAAUCCUUUUUGACGUAUAUUCAUGUCAGGAGACAGAUCUGGACUGCAGGCAGGCUGGUCUAGUACCCACACUCUUUUACUACAAAGCCAAACUGUUGCAACACGUGCAGAAUGUGUCUUAGCGUUGUCGUCAGGGAGGUCCCUGAAAGAGAUGUUGCUCCAAAACCUGUACAUCUUGGCAUUAAUGGAGCCUUCACAACCAUGCCUAUACCAUUACAGAUGCUGGCUUGGAACUUUGACCUGGGACCAAUCUGGAUGGUUUCAUUGUGUUUAUUUAGAUCACCAUUAGCUUACUUUGGGUAAGGUGAAUUUACCCUACGUAGCAUGUCUUGUUCUGUAACAGUGUUCAUCGGAGCUAAAAGACAAACGAUCAUGAAGAACCCUUGGUCCUUUUCCUCUGUAGCGUUAAGGACACCAUGUCCAUGAUUUCCAAAGACCGUUUGAAAUGUGGACUCAUCAGACAACAGCACACUUUUUCUAUCUCGGAUGAGCUCAGAGAAGCCAGCUGCGUUUCUGAGUGUUGUUGAUAUCUGGCUUUAGCUUCGCAUGGUAGAGCUUGAACCUGUACUUGUAGACCUAGCAACAAACUGUGUGAACUGACACUGGUUUUCCGAAGUGUUCCUGAGCCCACGUGCUAAUACCUUUUACAAUGUGACACAGUACCACCUGAGGGGUUGCAGGUCAUGGGCAUUCAGAGUCGAUUUUGGUCCUUGCUGCUUAUGUGCAGAGAUUUCUGUGGAUUCCCUGCAUCUUUUGAUGAUAUUAUGGAUGAUAGGUGAUGAAAUCUUUACAUUUCUGCAACUGUUUGUUGAGAAACAGUCCUAAACUGUUGGACUAUUUGCUCACGCAGUUGUACACAAAGUGGUGAACCAGGCCCCAUCCUUUCUUGUGAAUGACUAAGCAUUUCCCAGUCUUUAGCUGACCCUGUCCCAAUAAUUAGGAACGUAACAAAAAUAACAAAGUUUAUCAGUUUGAACAUUUAAAUAUCUUGUUUUAGUCGUGUUUUAAUUGAAUGUAGGUCAAAAGGGAUUUGCGAAUCAUUGUAUUCUGUUUUUAUUCACGUUUUUCACAAUGUUCCAACUUUAUUGGAGUUGGGGUUUGUAUCAAGGCUCUUUAGUCCAUGCUCACAGUCAGACUUACAACUUGAGAUGUUAGAAAUGAGCUGGAGUUGCGUAAAUAUGUCAAAAACAAGAUUGAUAGCUGCAGUUGUAUUGAUCUCACAGGGUACAACACACUUAAGAGAUUUAACAGCUAAACUUUCAGUCAGAUAUCAUCUCCAAAGAAAACCACAACUUGACGAGCGAGCUUGAAAUCUGGGUGUUUCGACUACUCUUUUAUCUGACAGAUUCAAUUCGAGCACCUUCAUGAAACUCCAGUCUUCAUAUUUUCAGCCUGACCGCUUUUCAAAAAGAUGGGAAAGUCCCCAGCGUUGACAAAUACAUUUGCAGAAAGCUGUGUACCAGUGUGUCCACUCAUAGCUGCUGAUGCAUGACACUAAAUUAAGUCGAAACGGUUACUUCUGUCAUAACCCAUUAAACAAAGCAGUGACCCCUCUGUAUUGACCCCCUCUGUAGCUCAGAGAGUCUAGAGAAAAUAUUUAGCAGCAAAACAAACCGUUGCAGUCGUUUCUGUUCAAGCCUGCCAGAAUCCAGACCCAAGGGGGGGGGAAAGUGGCUUUGUUGUGCAGUUUGGAGUUUACUGUGACUCAGCCUGUGAUGAAUAAUGAAUGCCCAGUUUAUGUGAGGGUGAAGCAGAGGGGGGAGUCUCGUGAUGUGUCGUUUGGACCACGCCCAUGUUAGCACUGUCUCUUUAACUCAAGUGCACAGAGCCUUCAGACAUGCCUCUGAAUGUUGUGGAGAAACGGUUCAGUAUUUUGAAGGCUUGGUUUUCUUUCCAGGAAUGCUGACAAUCACAGAUUUCAUCAUCAUACUUCACAGAUACUAUAAGUCACCCCUGGUAGGUCUCAUUGGCGGAAAAUUUUUGCAUGAUUCCACUAUUGUUUUUUUUUUAAUCCUUAUUUACUGCUUUUUUUAAUUUUGUAGGUGCAAAUUUAUGAAUUAGAGGAACACAAGCUUGAGACGUGGAGAGGUUAGUAUCAGGAUCAAACUUUGAUGUUUUUUAGCAUGUAUAAUGGAAAAUUCUGGUACUAUUCAUAUGCAGCAAAUGUAUAAAACUUGAAUAUUGUAUUUCUUGCUACAGAGGUUUACCUUCAAGCAACAUUCAAACCUCUGGUCAACAUAUCACCUGAUGCAAGGUAUUGUAAUAAAUGUUUGUUUUCCACAUACAGCGUUUGUGAUUUUACCAUAACUGAGUGUAAUUCGGUCCUCGUGCUUUCUGUUCCAGCCUUUUUGAUGCAGUGUACACCCUCAUCAAAAAUAAAAUUCACCGCCUGCCUGUCAUCGACCCUGUAACAGGAAAUGCACUUUACAUCCUCACACACAAGCGGAUCCUCAAGUUCCUCCAGCUUUUUGUGAGUCCAUUACAGUCACUGUCAGAGCGUUUUCAUCUGCAGUAUGGAUUACCAUCACUUGUGGAGGGAACCGUGCUCACUUUUGCGUCUCUGCUGCCCCCUGGUGGUUAAUGUGGUCAUAAACGUGAACUAUGAAAUCAUUUGAAAGCGAUGGAGCGCCCUCUUGAUUUGUCCCUGCCUCGUUUUGUGUAUGUGUGUGUGUGUCCUUUAGAUGUGUGAAAUGCCAAAGCCAGCUUUCAUGAAGCAGACUCUCGGAGAGCUGGGCAUCGGUACGUACAAUGACAUCGCUUUCAUCCACCCUGACACGCCCAUCAUCAAAGCGCUGAACAUCUUUGUGGAGAGACGAAUUUCUGCUCUGCCUGUGGUCGAUGAGUCCGGUGAGAACACAAAACAUCCAAGUCAAAAAAAGAACAAUAACUUUCACGUCAAUUUACCCACUUAGUUAUUCAUGUUCUCUUACAGGAAAGGUUGUGGAUAUUUACUCCAAGUUUGAUGUGAUUGUAAGUUUCAGUUUUUGAGUACACAACGAAUUCUGUUUUAUAAGCUAACCUGCUCUGCAAUCAUGUUUUCUCACUUUAUACAAUGUGUUUCAUGUUUUUGUGAAGAACUUGGCCGCUGAGAAGACAUACAACAACCUUGACAUCACAGUGACGCAGGCUCUGAAACACCGCUCUCAGUACUUCGAAGGAGUCAUGAAGUGCCACAAAAUGGAAACAAUGGAGACCAUUGUGGACAGAAUAGUUAAAGCCGAAGUGAGAAUCAGAAGAGUGCAAUGCUUAAAGAUACUAAGAGUUGAUAGUGCUUAAACAGUAUGUCUGAUUGUACUUUUAUUUUUGUGUUUUUUUUCUUCAAGGUUCAUCGGCUGGUGGUUGUGGAUGAGCGCUCCAGCAUCGAGGGCAUCGUCUCCUUGUCAGACAUCCUCCAGGCCCUGGUGCUCAGCCCUGCAGGUAUAGAUGCUCAGAAUCAUCACUAACUCCAACUCCCCUUCUGUCCCGGACCCUGAGCUCUCUCCCCACCCUGCCCUCUAACCCUGUCCCGGGUAGGAAACACACCUGUGUUGAUCUAGCCUGUUUGUGGCCUGUAAAGCUGGCUGUGAGGAGGCAUGAAGCCUGACGUCCCGCUUGCUCUGCCGGAUGCAGCGGUGUGCUGUGGAUUUUUGCACCAGGGACCAUAGACCUUACUCGACACCAACCUGGGCGUUAUAUGAUAUUUCAUCCAUACUUGUUAGGUUUGCAUUUAGACAGCAGCUAGAUGUUUGCAAACUUAAUUUUAGUUUGUUUGAGAAGUUAAUUAAUGCAGAGAGAAAGUGAUUUAUGGAAAUCAAUCGCCUCUCAGUGUACUCACACGGAUGAGGUUCAAAGGGGAUCAGUUGGCAAUGUUGUGCAUUUAGCUGUACAUCUACUUCACUGUUAAUAUGUUUUGGGUUCCACCAAAAAUUGAGAGAAAAGCAUGAAAUGCUGUGGGAUCUGUUAGGAAUAAUUAUAAAUCCCAGCAACACUCCACAGCUUUGAAGUUUAAUAGAUGCAAAGGGAUGGAUGCUAAUAUGUUCUCGUGAUUAGAAAGCCAAACUCAGGAGCGUGAACUGAGGACCAAAAUAAAUAUUUAAAUGAAUCAAGAGCAGUUACAAGUCUGUGCUGUUUAUCACAGGUAAUAUCAUGGUAACAUAAGUUUUAUCUUGUUUGGUCUGCGUAACAUUGGUCAGGAUUUGGUUUUUGUCUCUCUUUGCCCCCAUAAGCUUUAACCUGAGGUCUGUCCAUUACACAUAAUUGAUCAGGGAUUUACCACUGAGAGCCUGUUUAUGAAAGAAGAUUUUUGGAGUCUGAUUUGUUCGGAUGUGGUUUGUUUUCUCACCUGUAUCCACUAACUUUUAGUCCAGCUUUUGCCGUAUGACAAAAAUAGUGAUGAAUGUAGCAGCAGCUAUAAAACCUUCCUGAAACCCACUGGCUAUCAUCACUUGACUAUUGAACUUUCUAACCUCCUAAUAGACAUGUGCAUGUACCAUAAGUGCAGCUAACGGUCCAGUUACAGAGAGUGUCUUUCAAUUUAAUUCUUUAAUUUUUAAUCAGAAAUCAUGAUAACAACUGAUCAAAUAUAAAGUAAUUGUUUGAUAUUCUUCUAAAUAGAGAUAACAAAUGCAUGGUUUUGCAUUAAAUUUAGCUAUAAGUGUGGUGUUAAAAGUUUAAAGCCUGAUUUGAUGUGAACCAACUGGCUAAUCGAGAACUUUUUACAGGACAUGCAGAAAGAUUUCCCAGACUGGCAAAGCCGGUACCUCAAACUGGCACAUUAACACUGUCAGGGUCUGAGUUUUCUUCUACUGGACUGAUUGUAACCCAGCUGCACUCUCAACUGACACCCAAAGUUUAUAUGAAGGUGUUGUUUCAGUGUCUCUGUUUGGACCAUAUUUCAUCAGAAAAUCUGCUUUUGUCACAAAAUUCACAAACAUUGUUUUGCAAGUCACAUCUCAUUUAUUGCAGCAAAAAUGACAGUAUUACAGAGCAACACAAAAACAGGCCACAAUGAUUAAGAGGGUAGCAGGAUGUGAACUUGUGACCCCUUGGAUGAUAGUCAGUUUCUUUUUUUUUUUUUUUCAACCAUCAUCUAUGUUGGUCAGAUAUGUUCAACUUUAUAGGAUCAAAAAGUCUUUUAGCCGCUAUUGUCAGAUUUAUUCCUUAUUCUUGUGGGGUUUAAAAUCUCUCUUCUUUCACAUCUCACAGCUGAAUAAACAUUGUGUUUAUGUUUGAAAUCAGGUUGAAAUUAGGUUUUGGAUAUUCAGAAGUGAUUUUACCCUAUUUUCCAACACAUUUCAAAGCUGAAAUCUCUGUUAGAGCUCACAGGACAGUUGUUAAGCCUGUACUAUAAACUCAUCCAAAGACAGACGGUGAGCUCUGAGAUCGCCAUAUCAGUAGAAGUUACCUUUCUCUCCUUUAUUUACUAUUAUCAGGCUUCACAAAACUCCAGUUAACCUUCAUUUUUAACCUAAAGCCAUAAAUUUCUACACAGUUGGAACAAAACAGUGAUCCUUCUAUUUGAUGAAGAACAUGAAAUCAGAAUGCAACCUGAUUUUUGUUUAACCAUGUCACCAAUAAAAGGCUGUUUUAUGACUGUUUGCAGAAUUUAAAUAAUCAGCUUGCAAGUGCCAAUACAGAGGGAUGGUGCCCAGUUUUUAUCUGUGCCUUUUUAUUUCUCUAUUUCCAAGUUAAAACUGACCGUGUUAGUGUCCUGUGGACCUUUUGAUUUUAACAUAGUUGGAACAAAACAGUGAAGUCGUUCAGAUCAGGAAGGAUCGGUUUGAAUACAGAUUACACCAGAACCUAUUCCAAGCUGACACUUAAUAAUUUGUCAAUUCUGCUCAGUAACAGUAUGUUUGGCUUUUAGAUGUUGCUGCAUUCUGCUAGUAGCAACUCUCGACUUUGAUGUGAAUAUUUUUAUGUGAUACGCUUGAAAGCAAAUAGCAGGUGUUUGCAUAAUUAAAGUGAUUACAGUGUUGGAGAUGGUGUGUGUUCAGGCUUUUAACUCCAGCAAGUCAGUGGGGGAAACACAACGCACAAACGCACGUCUUUAAAAGCGAAGGUUUAUUGUUUUGAAAUGUUUAUAACAUUAUUGAUAUUUGAGAAUAACAAACCCGAGUUUUGUGUAACUUACCACUCAGCUGCUGUUUCUCGCUGGGUCUCACAAAGCCUGAUGGGAAAGUGAUUCAGGGCUUUAAAAGGGAGUCGUAAAUCAUGUUUUUAAAAACAGGAAGCUGAGUUUAGACAGACUUGUCUAAAUGAAAGCAGAAUUAUACUCUCUCUUGCUUUUAUUGGUUUUUCUCUGCUGUUUGUACCUCCUUAGAAGUGGGGUGUUGUGAAAUGUUAAAUAAUUACAAAACAUUGAUUUGUGAAGGCAUUUUAGUACAACAUGUUGAACUGGAGAUUUAUUACUAUUUAAAAGCUUUUUUUUUUUCUUGUGCAAAUUUAUCCAAACAUCAAACGUUUGAAAUAGAUUAGGGCUAAAUAUCUGAGAUCUUCACGUAUGCUUCAUAUUCCUUACCUCUGCUCUUUUUCUACUUCUUUGCAGACGCUUGCAAAGAGGAAAAUCUGCCUGAGUGAGAGGGAGGACGUCACCAUGGAAGUGGAGAAGCGGUGGAAGCAAAAAAAAAAAAAGUCAGAAGGUUGAGGUAGGGAGCACGAGGCUGAGCAGAGCCGGUCCGAAGGUCCCAGAGUCGCCUGCAACUGAUGCACUAUAGAGGCUUAGAAACCAAAGAGCUAGACAGCUGAAUGAAGUGGAGUUCCUGCACUGAGGGUUGACUUUCUGAAUUAACCUUUUUGUUUGUUUGAACACUGAUCAAAUGCACUCAUACUUACACACACACACACACACACACAUAGACACAGACACACACACAAAGAUGCAGAAUGGUCACCAGCUGGGAAAAGGUGAGAACGUUGGUACAUCGGGGUGGUGGGAUCACGCUGCUGUUAGGCCUUCGAUUUUAUCCACAUCUUGAUCAUUCUUCAUCUCGUGGCCUCCAGGAGAUCCUUCGUUUUUGAUGAAGAACACGAAAUCAGAAUGCAACCUGAUUUUUGUUAACCAUGUCACCAAUAAAAGGCUGUUUUAUGACUGUUUGCGAAAUUCAAAUAAUCAGCUUGCAAGUGCCAAUACAGAGGGAUGGUGCCCAGUUUUUAUUUGUGCCUUUUUAUUUCUCUAUUUCCAAGUUAAAACUGACCGUGUUAGUGUCCUGUGGACCUUUUGAUGUCAGGUGAGUGCAGUUGUUUGAAUUAUUUUUAAACACUGAUGAGAAUGUUAAAAGACGUUUUUGCAAAUUCUUCCCUCGGCUUCAAAAUAAAACAAGAUUCCUCCGAUUUUCAAAUCCAUUUCCACAAGGGUUGAAAAAUGCAAUUAAUAGAAGAAAAAAAUGUAAUAAACAAAAAAGGUCAAAGGCAAAUAUAUCCUAGAAAUAUUCAUACUUAUGACCGAGAACCUACAGUGAGAGGUUAUCUAAAGUCAUUGCAACAAGGAUGCAUUUUUGUAACGGUAUUAUAAGACCCAAAGAUGUAUUUUUUAGACCGUUAAUUUUUGUUCUCACAUUUAUUUCUGUUUUGAUGCUUCACUCACUCAAACUGCAAAUCAAGGCCAAUAUCUCAGCUGUAGCUCGACAGGACUCAUCUCCAUCUUUGACUGUAAAUAGGAUUGUUUUCAGAAUACAUGUCACAUAAAGCUUUAUUUUUAUGAAUGUGUCUACAUGUUCAAAGAGACUGCAGUUUUAAUGUUAUUUUUGUAAAUAUAUUGUGGCGAUUAUGUCCAAUUCAAAGAGACUUUGUAUCAGAUCAACAUGUACUGUAAAUGUGCAAGCAUGAGAAAUGACACUUCAGCAGUAUGAAUGUUCUUUGUUUUACUUUUUCUAUUUUUCUGGCUGCAGAAAAAUAAAUGGACACUGAAUGUAC